GACGCCUUUUGAAAAUUAUAUGUGCCGUGUGUUAUUUAAAAUGGGAUAUAAUAUCAUUUUAAGAUAUUUUGACGAGAUUAGUAGUAUACAGAAAUGAAAUUGCACAUAAAUAUACAUUUAUCUGGAGCUCCGCGGAAACGGACGGGCAAGUUGACUCAUAAGAAUUGGGCGACGGAAAAGUAAUUCACACCCAACGUUCGUCAGUCGUCUUCGUCACAGUUGUCAUCAUGGGAUUGUUCUCCAAGUCGCCCUCCAAAAGCCCCAAGGAUCAGGUCAAUGAAUGGUGCAGCAAAAUAAGGAAGGAAGGCUAUGGAUUGGACCGUCAAAUCAGAGGCAUUCAGCGCGAAGAAGAGAAAGUGAAACGCUCCCUAAAAGAAGCUGCCAAAAAGAACGACAAAGAGGUCUGUCGUAUGCUCGCCAAAGAACUGAUCCAGUCGCGGAAGGCUAUUGCUCGUAUAUACACCAGUAAAGCUCACCUGAACUCCGUUCAAUGCCAAAUGAAGGCACAGUUAGCAACUUUAAGAGUUGCCGGUUCCCUACAACAGUCGACGGAAGUGAUGAAGGCAAUGCAGGAAUUGGUGAAGCUCCCAGAGAUAAACAAAACGAUGAUGGACAUGAGCCGGGAAAUGAAAGCUGGGAUUAUUGAGGAAAUGUUGGAAGAUACGAUGGAAAGUCUGGAGCCAGAGGAGCUGGAAGAAGAGGCACAGCAUGAAGUGGAUAAGAUUCUCUGGGAAGUCACAGCUGGCCAGAUGGGCCAGGCUCCUGCCAUGGUGACUGAUGCACUACCAGCUGAACCUGAGGGAGCAGCAGCCUUGGAGCCAGAAGAAGCAGAGCCGGAGGAAGACAUGGAGGAAAUGAGAAGUCGUUUGGAAGCUCUGAGGAGUUGAAGGAAGGGAGAGGAAAGUGUUGUCUUAGGGUUUAGCUUUGCGUUGAUUGAAUACAGUACGUAUGUUAAGUGCGUUUAGUUCUAUUGUAUUUAUUAGGGGUAAUUCCUUCAUAUUUUGAUUUCCACUCUGUUCAUCGUUCAGUAUCGUGGGUUGUAAUGAGAUAUUGUAUUAUACAUUAUAUAACUUGAUAUCUACUAAUUUAUUAAUAUAUAUUUGUAUGCCAUUGACUAAUUUAGUGGUACGUGUCUUGCAUUGUCAUAAGUAUAUCUCGGAAUGAUAUGCCGUGUUGCUGUCUUACUUGGCUUUGGACAAUUUUAGGGAAAGCUCUUCUAACUUAGGCUGAGUAUUUUCAUAGAUUAUCGAGGUGUCUUAAUGCUGUUGAUAAACGAUAGUACAUUUUUAUGUAAAGACUUAACUUGAAAACCUUUAGAUUUUAUAGUCAGUGGAGUUGUGGUACCUUAUAAUUGUAAGUCACCGCCUUAAAGUGAGAAUUUUUUAAGUACCUUUGUAAAGUUAUACAAUGUACUUCUUGAGUUGCAAAAACUGUAUUCAAGUCUGAAAAGGAUUAAAGAAAAAUUAAGUAUUUGAGUGGUACUACAAUUUAUGGGGAGUGAGAAAUGUUCUAUUGUAGUACUGGGAAAUAUAGUUGGAGAGACUGGAAGGAUGAAAGGUUAUGAGAAGCUUUGAAAAUGAAAUCUGGAAGAGAUUAAAAUCAUGGCCACACAGGGAAAGUAUUGCGGUGAACUUUGUCACCAAACUAUACAAUCCAAGGAGCAUUGCUGUCCAUAAAUGAGUAUAGGAAGAUGUGGCCGUCUUUAUUUAGUACUUAUCUUUUUUAGACAUUCUAUGAGAUUGGAGGUUGUCACUUGAAUUAAUUUCAAGAUAAGCAGUACCUGCAUCUUAAGAAUGUUUGGAUUUCCAAUUGAAUAUUAUUUAGCCCAGUACACCUGUUAAUUAUAACUGGAUUGGGUUUUUAGUAAGAGCGAGUUUGUGACAGGUAGUGACUGUUAUGUUUAGCCUUAAAGAACAAGGGUGAAGUUCAGUGGAACAAUUUCAGGACUAGUAACCACAAAAAGAGACAGGGCCACAUUGCAGUGGUGAAACGAUAAUUUAAGGAUGAGGCAAGUAUGGGAUUGAUGAUCAGAUGAACUGCUUGCAAUUGAGUCCUUUUUAAGGUGGAGACAAAAAGUGAAGCACUCCAGAUUUGAGAACUGAAUGAAUAGGGCCAAGUAGUCUUUUAUUGAAGAGGAUGGAGACGAGAACUUGUUACAUAAAAAAAAUGCCCAGUUUUUUUUAAGUGGAUUUGGGCCUUGAACUGCAUUUUCUCCAAGACAGUUUUGAAAUACUAUAACCUUAAGAUCCAAAACCUUGAGAAGGAAAUUAUGUUUGGAAGAAUUGGAUGAGGUCCGAGUUUUAUACUUUGAAAUAUGUAGUAGUGUUCCUUUGAAGCAUUAAAACUUACUAGAUUAUCAGUUCCUUGUCCAAGUAUGCUUUCAAGAUCUUAGUUCAUGAUAGAUCAGUGAAGAAGCAUACGAUAUUUAUUGUGUAGACUAAUUGUUGCAUUUUUACGGAUCAUUGUCCAAGAUGCUAGCUGACUCAUGAUAGUAGGAAUUAAAUAGUGUUCUCUGCUAGCUUUCAGUUUUAUUUUUAAUUUCCCCUUUUGUCUGUGCAAUGUAGAAGCAUUUUCAGGGGUCGUAUUUUUUAGGGAAAGAAUACCAACGAAAAUUUGAAUGUAGACAAAAUGAGAGCCUGUUCUCUACUAAUAUUUAUGCCACACAAAUGUUAUUGCUGUUGAGUCGAGAGAUUUGGGUUUUGGAGGGUAAUCUGUACAUAAUAUCGGGGAAGUUAUCAAUUGUCAGUUUUAAAAUAACUUCAACUUGGUCAAUAAUAUAGUUUUUAGCAGUUUGCAGUUUUGGAUGUUGCUACGUAGCUAUUAUUAAUAUAAAUCAUUUAUUGGAAUCUGCAGGCAUGAAAGUCUCUUUCUUUAAUAAUAUUCUGAGAAUGGGCAGAGGUAAGGGUCUAGUUCAAAUGAGAAUUCAAGCAGACAUUGCAUAGGAUAGAAAAGAUUGAAGAGUGAGCUCAUUUUUAUGCUAACUGUAAAAGUGUGUUGUGAGUAUUCUUAACAAUAAAAAAUGAUGUUCAUGGUGGACUUAGACCAUUGUCAAUCACUUGUCAACUAAUUCAAUAGUUCAUACAUACAGGAGUCCCUAUGAGCUUACCUGGGCAAAUACAGUGUAAACUGUACUUAUAAAUGUGUAUAAUAAUAGUGUAUUUGUGCCAUGAGUGAUAUGGAAUUAGUACAUAUAAACUUCAUUAAGAUGAAGUAAUGAUAUGAUUCGUACCUGUACAAUAAUGGUCACAUUGAAGUGUUCGCAGCUUUCUGUACCCAGUUCAUAAACUGUGUGAUAGAAUUCUGUCAAUAUUCUAUUGUUUUUUUUUAUUUAAAAAUUUAAUCACUUCUUGAGUUAUUACUGACAGUAAACAUUAGCAUGAACCUUGUUAAUCAUUUUGGACUAAAAUUUCUGUGGUUAAAUUGUGACUUGAAGUAAUCCAUAUGCCAGGGCAAAGACAGCAUUAUUUCUCUUCUAAACUGAAGUGUUGAUCUCUUCUUUUGUUUUUGCCAAUUGAUAUCCAAAACAACAGAUGCUGUACUCCGUUACAUGCUAAGAUGGAAUGAUAUUUGUAAUGCAUUAGAAAUACCAGAUAGAAUCGGACAGUCUUUUGUGCAUUUCAGCAAUUAAUGUUAUGUAUAUAAUGUAAAGGCUUUCUCGUUGACAUCUUUUCCACUACUCCUGUAUAAAUUGUAAAAGCUUAUGCUGUGCCAAACAUUUAAGUGCUUGUAUGGCAUUCUAAGAGCAUUGCAAAUUGAUGACCAUAACUACAUGGUGUGAUUUGACUUCUGUGUGUGUUAAUUUGGAAGAUCAUUUUAAAAUUUUCUAUUCAGAUAUAGAUUGUAUUUGUUGGCCCCUUGUUGUUGAUAAGACUAUUUAAACUCUUAGUUUAUUUUUCUAAGGAACUAUAAAUUUUCAAUGGCUUUGAGGUGUGUUUAGACAGCUGUUAGCGCUAACUUUGGCCUUAUUUAAUUUUUGUCAGUUUUUAAGCACAGUACAAUACUGUAGUCUGAAUUUAUAAAAGAAUACAUUUUUAGCUAAAA